GAUCCCGCACUUGCCAACAAAUCUUUACUUCGCAAUCGUAAUGCGUCCAACACAACUUCUGCAGAAAGGACGAUCGGCUUGGAAAGGUCCUUACUUCGUUGCCUUUCCCAAUCUGCGAGAGGCAUUGACGAACCAUGUGCCGAUCAAGACGCAGGCCAGGUCGUGUACGAUUUUGCCCAAUUUCGUGGGAAUUCGCUUCAUGGUACACAAUGGGAAAGACUACAUUCCAGUAAAUGUGACGCAGGACAUGGUUGGGCACAAACUCGGAGAAUUCUCGCAUACAAAGAAGAGGUUUACAUACAGAGCUACUAAGAGGUCGUAGAACUGUCUUGGCUUAUAUUUAUGCUAUCUGUAUUUCCCGAGUUCCGACGAGUAUAAUCGAGGAUCAGCGGGGACGAAGUAGUAAUGCCUCCUUCGUAACAAAUCGAUAAUGGGGUCGUCGGCUAACCUUUUGCUUCCUCACA